UGGUCAUUUUUAAGCCACAAUCUCUGUAGUCCGACUUAACCCCAGAACCAGAAGACAGUAAGCCAAACGAAGCCUUAGAAAACAAGCUGAACACUGUAGAGACUUACCGGAAACGGAACUCCAAACGGGGUCGUUUUGGGAAGCAUUUUUCUCCUUCUUACUGCUUAGCUUAUGGUGUCGGUGAACCCCAACCCAGUUCAGGGGUUUUAUUUCUUCGAUCCCAUGGGUAUGGGACUCCCUGGUCUCAAUUCUCUGCCGCCGCAGACGACUUCCACCACUGCUACUACUGCUACCACUACUAAUACAACAGCGGUUAACACUUCGGCGUCUACGACGAGUUCGGCUGCUAAUACUUUAGCUUUUGCGGACGAUCCGAGCAAGAAGAUCCGGAAACCGUAUACUAUUACUAAGUCUAGAGAGAGCUGGACGGAACAAGAACACGACAAGUUUCUAGAAGCUCUUCAACUAUUUGAUCGUGACUGGAAGAAGAUUGAAGCUUUUGUUGGGUCAAAGACAGUCAUCCAGAUACGUAGCCAUGCACAGAAGUACUUUCUGAAGGUUCAAAAGAAUGGGACAAGUGAACAUGUUCCUCCGCCUCGGCCAAAGAGAAAAGCAGCUCAUCCCUACCCACAAAAGGCAGCUAAAAAUGCUCUAGCAGUCUCACAAGUGGCUGGUCCAUUUCAAUCUUCAUCUGCUUCAUUAGAACCUGGAUAUGUUCACAGACAAGAUUCAUCAUCAGUUCUUGGAAAUCCAAUGACUGGUGGAACUUUGACAACCUGGAAUUUUAACCCUGUCGCACCAGUCAAUGUGUCUCAGGUGACUAAAGAUGAUGUGGGAUUGGCUGGGCCACCAACUGCACAUAAUUGUUGCUACAGCAGUAGCAAUGAGAGCACCCCAAGGACUUGGCAAACUAGUGAAAUAAUUGAUCGAGGAGAUCAGGGCAAGCCAAUGAGAGUUAUGCCAGAUUUUGCUCUAGUGUACAGCUUCAUUGGCAGUGUCUUUGACCCGAAUGCCAGUGGUCAGCUGCAGAGGUUGAAACAGAUGGACCCAAUAAAUUUGGAAACAGCUUUGCUGUUGAUGAGAAACCUCGCCAUUAAUUUGACGAGUCCUGAUUUUGAGGAUCAUAGAAGGUUGCUCGCAUCCUAUGAUGUCAACACAGAUAAUGCAAAAUCUGGUGGUCCUUACAGCAAUAUUGUUGCUGAUAAAACUCGGUACCCUUUCAGCUCCAAAAGAAGUGAGACGUUAAAAAGUGCUUGUUGACUUUCCUAUGUUAUGGGGUCGAUAGUGUCUUGGGAAAUUUCUAUAUUCCCUUGAUCCUCUGCUUGCCCAGAACAGUAAAUGCUGGGGAUGAACAGAACGCUUUCCAAAUGAGCGGUGGUGUCAGCGAGAUCUGUAUAUAUUAUGUGUGGUAAUAGGGAAUAAUUCUCUACCUAGGUUAUAGUUUGUUCUUAGGAGUUGUGUUGGCGUGUGCGUGUGUAUGUAUAUAUAUGUAUACAAACUUGGCUCUCUGGAUAUGUAGCAUAGUUUUAUCUGAAAUGUUACGACUCUGAGGCUAUCUUUGUAUAGAGAUAUGAGUGCGAGUUUUUUAGUGUACAUUCUUGCUAGGAGUGCUUUGAUGUUAUGUAUGUUGGAGAAUCGUUUUGAGUUACGAACUCUGUAUUCAUCAAUCUAUUAUGAAAGCUCUGCCAAAAUAAGAAUUAUGUUCAAA